ACACCGCCAUACGCCACUCCCCGAAUUCGAUAUAUACAAAAACGCCCUUUACCAAUUUUGUUUCUCUCCUUUUCUUUAACCUCAAUUUGGAAGGUACCCUUUCUCUCUUUAGUGCUUUCUAGGGUUUGGGUUUUAAGAAUCCUCAGAGAUGCAAUUCAUGGAUCCCACUAAGAAACGCAAGCUUGAUGAAAAUGGUAUUAUUUCCGCGGUAUCGGAACCUGACCCAAUCACCAAACUAACCCCACAAGAUGGCCGCAAGCUAAUCGAGCGAUUCACCGUCGAUCAACUCCUUGACAUCCUCCAAGACGCCGUUUGUCGUCACUUUGAUGUUCUUUCCGCCGUACGCUCUAUUGCCGAUCAAGAUCCAUCUCAAAGGAAGCUCUUCAUCCGUGGGUUGGGUUGGGAUACUACAACCGACGGCCUUCGUUCACUUUUUUCGGUCUAUGGGGAACUCGAAGAAGCGGUCGUUAUCCUCGACAAGGCUACUGGGAAAUCCAAAGGGUAUGGAUUCGUUACCUUUAAGCACGUCGAUGGUGCUUUGCUUGCUCUUAAAGAACCCAGUAAGAAAAUCGACGGUAGAGUCACGGUGACUCAGCUGGCGGCAGCGGGGAACUCGGGGACGAAUACUAACCCUGUGGAUGUUCAUAUGAGGAAGAUUUAUGUAGCCAAUGUGCCGUACGACAUGCCAGCGGAUAAGUUAUUGGGUCAUUUUGCACAGUAUGGGGAAAUUGAAGAGGGUCCUUUGGGCUUCGAUAAGCAGACCGGAAAAUCAAAGGGAUUUGCUCUUUUUGUUUAUAAGACGGCAGAAGGGGCUCAGUCGGCGUUGGUGGAGCCGGUGAAGAAUAUUGAUGGGAGACAAUUGAAUUGUAAGCUUGCUAUUGAAGGGAAAAAAGGGAAGCCGGGACAAGAUGGGAUGAUGCAAAGUGGAGUUGGGGCUGCAGGAAAUACAGAGAUGGGGGUUGGAGGACACGGUGGUGGUUACGGUGGCCAUGUGGGGCCUGGUGGACCAGGUGGCAUGGGUGGUUAUGGUGGGUUUCCUGGUGGGUUGCAAGGGCCGCCCGGCCCAAUGGGUCAUCCUCAUCACUUGAAUUCUUCAGGAGUUGGGGUUGGGGCAUUGAGUGGGAGUGGAGGCGCCGCUGGUGGUGGUUAUGGUUCUGGUCUUAGUGGGCCGUAUGGUGGUUAUGGUGGACCAGGUUCAACUGGCUAUGGUGGGUUGACUGGUGCUGGUGCAGGGGUUGGUUUGAGUGGUGCAGCUUUAGGGUCUUCUUUAUAUAGAAUGCCACCGAACUCUGUUGGGAUGCCAUCUGGGGGAUAUCCGGAGACUGCUCAUUACAGCUUGUCUUCCGCAGCUGCUUUCCCCAGUCAGCAUCACCAAGGAGCUGGGACGUCCCCUGUGCCGAGAGUUCCACCUGGUGGAAUGUAUCCCAACGGACCACCUUUCUACUGAGGUUUAUGACAGCUUGUUGGGCGCAGAUGCUUUUUGUGGUUCUGGUGAUUGCGUGAAUGCAAGACUAUAUAUACUCUGGCUUGAUGAAUGUAUUUGCUUGGCUCUUACAGCCACUUCUCUUGAUCUGCACCUAUAAGAUGUUUAUUUCUGAUUGCUGGUUGGCAAAACAUGUGACAUAGACUAGCUUUUCUAUGUUAGGAACUUCUGUUCCAGUGGCUCUUUUAAUCAUUAGUAUAGUUUUUAAUAAUAAAAGUAGUGAGUUAAUGUUUUUUCCCCUAUUCUUGCUAAUAUCUACAGUUGCUACCGCAUCUCCCUUACUUGGAAGUUUGUUUCUUUGUUGGUUGAUGUUGCUAUAAUUUUGUCUUAUCUAUCUUGUACGCAUAUUCAAGUUGAAUGUAGUUCUUUAUUUUUCCAUGUAAAAUAUUUGGGGUGUAAUGAACCUACACUGGGAAGUUGUUACUAUGUUGUUAAAUAAAUGAUUUCUUUUAGCACUUAGCUAAACAAAGCCAUUUUCUAAUGUAAUUUAUUGUGUUCCUUAACUACUUUGAUGUACCCAGUAUAUCUAAAUGACAAAGUUUCCACCCUAAGAUGUCUUCAAGACUUUUGUGUUUUUGCAUUUUAUUAUUUAGUUGCUAGAGUUUUGGUUGCCUUCUUGUGAUACUUGCCUAUAUUCCUUUUAUUGAGGAGAGGUAAUUCUGGUUUCCUGAAUGUGUUCAAAUUUGUACCCUCAUAACAUGGACCUUUUGAGUGGGUUCUUGUUUCACUGAAGAAUCUAAUAAUGUGAAUGUAGCAAGUACUUAUAAGUGUAUGUGCUGCUGCCAGUUUUUGAUGUUGUGGUGCUUGUAUAAUCUGUGUGGCUGUCGUUGGGUUCUGUUGGAUUUGUAACUGAGCACAUGCUGUGUAUCAAUUUAUUGGUGACAAUGUAUCUUUUUCUCCCAUGUGCUGCAACUGUCUCUGGCAGUCAUCUUUGUUGGUUGACUACUGUUUUGUGCACAGUGGAGUAAUGGACUGUUGUCUGUGCGGUUAAGUGUCUUGUAGGUUUUGCAGGAAACCAUUUGAAAGGCUAGUGUUUAAUUUCCCUUUAUCUUUCCUGGUGGUGGCAGUUCCUGCAGCUAAUAAUGAUAUUCUAUGCAUUAUAAAAUUUUUUUAGUCUACUUGCUGAAACCAAGGUCAAUAUCCUGUUGGAAUGGGGUUGUUCAUUCCAUGGAUCUAAAUAUGAUAUUCUAUGCAUUAUGAAAUUUUUUUAGUCUACUUGCUGAAACCAAGGUCAAUAUCCUGUUGGAAUGGAGUUGUUCAUUCCAUGGAUCUAAAUAUGCCUUUCUCCAAGACGAAAUAUACGCAUCUUAGGGCUGUUUUUGGUUAAUGGAGUGAGACUAAGAAGGCUUUUCCCUAGUCUUUCCAUCGAGCUUCAGUUGGCAACUUUUCACAUUAAUGUAUGAUGAUAUUCUUGGAUGCAUAACAUGCAAGAUCUCUCUCUAGAUGAAUUUUUGAAAGAAUUUCCCUGUGUGAUAUGCUUGAGGUAGCCGAUUUUGAUACUUGCACCUCUUAAGAUAUCUUGGCUUGUUUCUCUAAAGAGGGGUUCAUGUUAUGAAUGAUGCGUAUCGUUUUAAGGGGUUAGAAACCAUUUGAUCGUGAUUUGUUUUUGCUUGCCAAAUUUGCAGACAGAAUUGUGUCAAGUCUUUUAACCAUGAUAUUUGGAUACCCUGUUGACUUUAAAUAUCUUAUCCUAGAUGCUAAAUUUGGCUUUUAUUGGAAAUUAGGAUUCUUUUCCAUGGUGUCAUUAUCUGAUGAAAAAUUAGGCAAUUUGAACUGACCAUUUAUCUAGUUAUGUUGUCUCUUUCGAUAUUCUCUUUUAUCUAUCUAGGUUGCUUUCAAGAAUAUUUUUUCCCCAUGUUGAAGAAACAGGAGCAUAUAUUUUCACUUUGUUUGACUAUUGGCUAGGGGAGUUGAAUUGUCUAACAUCUUUUUUUGGUGUUGAGUGGAGAAUUGAUGCUCUGUUUUUAUGCUAACCGGCAUUGGUAUCUUCUUUGUUCUCUGCCCUUUUUUGGCCAUUUCCUGUGGAACAACACUGAGCAUAAAACCAACCUCAAAGAUAAAGAUGGAAGGCCGGACGAGGCUGCACCCCAAAGCACUCAAAUGAAGCAAGUAAUGUGCGCUCUCUCAAUACAAAAAGAAAACAUCAGCAACCAUCAGUCCCCAGGAGCUAAUCCAAGACCAGAUGAUAUUGCAGCCUAACCUUGUGAUUGCUGGAGAGAAAGUGGUUGAAGUGGUGGGCUCAUUGGUGAUGUAUUAGAAUGUACAGUUUUAUAUCCCUAACCGGAGGAAGUUGCCAUGAAAUUUCCUGAACUCCACUCUUUGUAUAUCUUUGUCCUUAAUUUGAAGUUUCUAGGAAUGAGGACUUGAGUUGGAAAUAAAAGGAAGAGUAUCCAACAAAUGGUCUUAUCUUUUCAUUAGAAAGAUGUGACGUAGCUUUUAUUCAAAGUGUAACCAACAAGUUCAAAGAGCGACUGGUUUAAGAAAUA